AUGGCUAUUACAGAUCAUCCAUCCAAAUUAGCCUUAUCUUUUUCUAAGGUGGAAACUGAGGUGAAGAAAUGUUAUGUGACUUUUCUGGUUGUGAUUUCAAUACUCCCAGAGAAGAAAAAGACAGUAAAAAUGGCAGGAGACAAUGCUUCCUUUGUGGUGGAAUUCAUUCUCCUGGGAUUUUAUGACCUUCCCAAUCUGCAAGGAUUUCUCUUUGGGAUCAUUUUAGUCAUCUUCAUGUAUAUCCUGAUAGGAAAUGGCCUCAUUGUUGUCAUAACCAAGAUUGAUCCUGCUCUUCAAACCCCCAUGUACUUUUUUCUUGGAAAAUUUUCCCUCCUGGAAAUCUGCUUCACUUCAGUCACUCUCCCUAGAAUGUUGUCAGAUCUUUGGACACAGAAGAGACAUAUUUCAAUGCUGGCCUGUGCUGUGCAGCUUUGUUUCCUUUAUAUUUGUGGUUCUUUUGAGUGCUUGCUCUUGGCUAUAAUGGCCUAUGACAGAUAUGUAGCCAUCUGUAAGCCUCUCUAUUAUCCCAUCAUUAUGAACAACAGAGUGUGUAACAUAUUGAUACUUGGCUCCUUAAUGAUUGUGACCCCAGUCAUAAUAGGAGAGACAUACCAGAUAUUCUCUCUAACCUUUUGUGGUUCAAAUGAACUCAAUUAUUUAUUCUGUGAUGUCACAUCAUUAUUGAAGUUGGCCUGUGCAGACACUUCAGUGAAUGAAUUUUCCCUUUAUAUUGAUUGUGUAUUUUUUGGCUUCCUUCCCUUUUUCUUGAUACUUCUUUCCUACAUCAAAAUCAUUAAUACAAUCCUGAAGAUGCCCUCAGUGGGAAGACACAAAGCUUUCUCCACAUGUUCUUCUCACCUUAUAGUUGUUGUCUUAUUCUAUGGGUCUGGUAUUAUUACGUAUUUGCAACCCAAGUCAAGCCACUCAGCUGAAAAAGACAAAAUGCUCUCUCUUUUGUACACCAUUGUGACACCAACAUUUAAUCCCAUAAUAUACAGCUUAAAGAACAAGGAUGUCAUUACUUCACUGAAGAAGAUCAUAAAAAAGGGACUGAUUUCAGUAACCAAGUAG